AUGGGUUGUCGACGCUCCCACGGCGAUCUUGACAAGCCCCAUCCGGUUACUGUCGACGACAAACCAAAAUCGACAUUUGGUUCUGGAACGGAUCGUGUCCCACAACUGAAAGAGACGACAGUGGCGACGAUGGUCGAUGACGGAUCGGCUCAAGACGAGUCAGUGAGCGGUGGUCCAGGACAAGGUCUACCAGCCACCUCGCAGCCUCAGGCCACACGUCCGCACAGCCCUCUACCCUCACCUUCACAUGGACAUCCCGAUCCACUUAUGCCAGUUGCCGAGAACUGGUGCCAUACUCAGGUGAAAGUCGUCAAAUUCAACUACAUGUGGACGAUUAACAAUUUUUCGUUUUGUCGAGAAGAAAUGGGAGAGGUGCUCAAGUCGUCGACGUUUUCCGCUGGUGCAAGCGACAAGCUGAAAUGGUGUUUGCGGAUAAAUCCAAAAGGAUUAGACGAGGAAUCAAGAGACUAUCUCUCGCUUUAUCUCUUACUCGUACAAUGUGCAAAGAGUGAAGUGCGUGCCAAAUUCAAAUUCUCUAUACUGAACGCAAAACGAGAGGAAACCAAGGCCAUGGAAUCUCAACGAGCAUAUCGAUUCGUGCAAGGCAAAGACUGGGGAUUCAAGAAGUUCAUUCGGAGGGAUUUCCUGCUUGAUGAGUCCAACGGCCUGUUGCCAGAUGAUCGACUGAGUAUAUUUUGUGAAGUGUCGGUGGUUGCUGAGACAGUCAACGUCACUGGACAAACAAGUGCUCAACAAUUUAAGGUUCCUCCCUGUCGGUUGUCUGAAGAUCUUUCGGCUCUUUUCGAGAGCAAACAGUUCAGUGAUUGUACGUUGGUGGCGACCUGUAAAUCGAAUGGGCCCCAAACGUUCCAUGUACAUAAGGCGAUCCUGGCGGCGCGAUCGCGUGUUUUCCAUGCGAUGUUCGAGCACAACAUGACGGAAUCGGAGCGGAAUGAGGUCGCGAUCGACGAUGUCGAACCCGAU